UGGCAGGUUCGUCCCUGGAGGGUGUGUGUGUGUAUGUGUGCGAGUCUCUCCAAGCAACGACCUGCGAACGGGCAUCCGAGCCAGUCUGAGCAAAAAACAGGAACCACAUUAAUUUCGAGUGUCUUUGCAAUGUUCCCGACGAUAUUUCUACAUUAUUUGCUUUGAUCUCGUCAAAGUUACCGUCUCACCAGACGUCGGCUUCAGAAACGAAACAAGAAAUUAAUGCAUCUCGCUCCGCUUUCCUGUUUGUUUUGACCUGUGUAGCUAGAAGGGAAUCCUGUUCGAGGGAUUAGCGGUCUGUCAAUGAGGAACUACCGGCUCAUCUUCUGCCACAACCUAAAGCAGCCAUAGAUGGUUCAGUGGUUUACUGGCCAGGGGAGGAGAGGAUAGAACACACUUUCACUGCUACACGACGUGAGGUCUUGGCGGGGUUGUGGUGAGGAGGAGGAGGAGCAGGCCAUGAGGAAGAGCGUGUCUCCGUUGCCAGGCAACGAGGGCGGGAGCUCAGCCAGCACCACACGGGUUUUUGGUGUUCCUCUGGAGGAUGUGACACACACACACACUAUCAGCGGCCAUGAGGUUCCUGCACUAGUAAAAGAUAUUGUCGACUACAUUGAGGAGCACGGUCACCUGGACUUGGAGGGGCUCUUCCUGGUUAAUGGCAAUGCAGAGCGAGUGGAUUGGUUGCGUCAGCGCUAUGACAGUGGUGAGGAGGUGAAGCUAGAGAAGGAGGCCGAUCUGGCGUCAGCGGUCAGUUUGCUCCGACUGUUCCUGCAGGAGCUUCCUGAGCCCGUUAUCCCAACGGCUAUACAGGGACGUAUACUACAGCUCUAUCAAGAUUACGACAACGAAGAAGAGCUGUGUAGAAAUUUGAAGUAUCUGCUUCAGGACCUUCCCCAGUUGAACUACGGUCUGUUGCGUUUCCUGUGCCGCUUCCUGGCUAGCGUGGCGUCACUUCAGCAAAAGAGCUGGAACGUCGGAGCGCUGGCCGCCGUCUUUGGACCCGACAUCUUCCAUCUGUCAACAGAAGGAGAGGACCUUCGGGACCAGGAGUCUGUCAGCAGAGUCCUGGCAGAGCUGCUGGACAAUCAGGAGGGCCUGUUUGACUCAGAGGACGAUGAUGUCUCCACCACCAAUGACUACAGCUCCAUCAAUGAACAGAUCACAGAGCUGUUGGAUGAUGAGAAGUGUGAGGCAGAAUGUGAAGAGCUGCCUCAGGACGGGGAGGACGGCCCUGCCUCCGACUCACCGCAACGCACACACACUGAUGACAACCCCGCAGUCAGCUCCCACCUCUCCCCUAUAUCCAUCCUGCCUGCUGACUCUGCUGAUAUUAUUCAGCGGACCAUCAGGGCUGCAGUGGAGCAGCACUUCUUUGAUCUGAAAAACUCCAUCGACCAAGACCUCAGCAGCUACGACAGCCAGGGGGAGAGUCCCAGUGAGCUUGCAAACCAGGGCUGUGAUGGAGACGAGGAGCAACAAACUGACCCUGAAGACAGUGCCUGCGACACAGAAGGGGAUACCCCACUCACACAGCCUGAGCAGCACAUCCAACAAAAUCAGCGAGAAGCGCAGAAUUCACUGGACUCUGUCCCCACCCUGGAGGAGAGCUCAGGAAUGGACCUGGAUGCAGAGUCUGUCACAGAUGCAAAGAACAACUUAAACACUGCCAGGCAGGACAAUCAGCCUCUUGUGACGAUGGAGCACACUGUCACCAUAAGCUGUGACUCCAGUUCAUGUUGCUGUGAUCACAACGCCAACACCAGCGAGCCCAACAGGAACCACCUGUCACCAUGCCAACCAGACUCCUCCCACCUCCAGCUUUUUCCCGACAACCAAUGGGAAGCGUCACCCCCCUCCCAUCUCCACCUCCCUCCCAUCGACUUCUCAUUGAUGCAUCUGCAAAAGGAAGGCCAAGACCCCAUCCCAGCUUUUAAAUCCUGGCAGGAUGACAACGAGAGCGGAGAGGCACAGCUCUCCCCGCUGGCCGGUCGCAUGGUUCCUCUCCCUCCGCUCCCCCUGGAGGAGGGUGGUGAAGAGGAACAGGGAGAGGGAGGGCAGGAUGACUCCCCUUCCUCUUCCCGCUCCCACCCUCACCUGCUGGCACGACGCUUUCUUGAUUUUGGUGUGCACGGUGCCCAGAGAUUCCUCCAGCAGGAUCUGGACGCCACUUCACCCACCAAAGUACAUAGGCCCAGGCGAGCAUCGUUUGGUUCCAAAGAGGCAAUGAGAGGUGGAGAUUCGGUGAUGCACCAGCUCACCAAAAAGCUUCAGCAUCUGAAGAAGAAAAUCAAACAGUUUGAAGAGCAGUUUGAGAAGGAGAGAAACUACAAGCCUUCUCAUGCAGACAAGGCAGCUAACCCCAAGGUCCUCAAAUGGAUGACUGACUUGACCAAGAUCCGCAGGCAGAUUAAAGGACGCCAGCACCACCUUUUGCCCAGAAGCACGUUGAGGCACCAGGCUUUGAUCCAUUCACACAGAUGCCACCAUGCUCCCUCCUCCCCUUCCUCCUCCUCCUCCUCCUCUAUCUGCUCACCUCCCCAUCACAUACUCACCCCCCCGCUCCACCCCUACUCAGGCCUACUCAGCUCUAGACCGUUUCACCUCAAUGCCAAACACCGUGCAGAGACCGAGCUCGGCCCUCAGACUCGGCCCCGGAGUAACACCUUGCCCAAGAGCUUUGGAUCCACACUGGAUCACAGUGCUCAUGACGCAGCAGGGGAGCUCAAAGGCCCGCGGCCUACAAGGGAGGAAACACUGGAGCUGAUCCAAUGCAGAGUCAAAGAGAAGAGGGAGGAGGACGGCUGGCCUGAUGAUAUCAAGAAGAUGACAAAAGAGCAAUUAACCUGUGAGAAGACUGUCCUGCAGAAGAAUCUGCUGCACUACGAAGGGCUGCACGGUCGACCGGUGACCAGAGAGGAGCGGCUGGUAGUGAAACCUCUGUACGACCGCUACAGGCUGGUCAAACAGAUGCUCACCAGAGUCAGCAUUACACCUGUUGCAGUAUCUCCAUCUAGUAAGAGGCGGAGUAAAACCCUGCAGCCAAUCAUUGAGGGUGAAACUGCUCACUUUUGGGAGGAAAUUAAAGAGGAAGAGGAGGAGGAGCAAGAGCAGAAAGGUGGAGGAGAAGAGGAGAGGGAUGAGGAGGAAGAAGAAGAAGAGGAGGAGGAAGAGGGAGAGAGCAGCGGUGGUGAGAUGCAGAGCCCCGAGGUUAUCAUGGCCAUCGACCCAAUGACCUCGAGUGACGGGCCCGUGAGCAGCCAGAACCAGUCUGACAAACAGAGCGACUGUUCAAUGAGAGAAAAGAUGGAGGAGGGAUCGGGGAGGCUGGCGCUCGACCUGCGUCUGUCCAGCUCGAACGCCUCAUCCAUGCCAGAGCUGCUGGAACAGCUGUGGAAGGCCAGAGCAGAGAAGAAGAAACUGAGGAAGACCAUCAGAGAGUUUGAAGAAGAUUUCUAUCAGCAUAAUGGAAGAAAUGUUCAGAAGGAGGACCGGGUGCCGAUGCUGGAGGCGUACAGAGAGUACAAGAGGAUCAAGGCCAAACUCCGCCUGCUGGAGGUCCUCAUCAGCAAGCAAGAUUCCUCCAAAUCCAUCUAGACCCCUUCCUCAAAUAUCCGCUAUCCCCGCACACAUCAGCUGUCAUCACUGCAGCAACGCUACGCCCAGGACGUCUAGCCUGUCAUCACGCCUGGAGAGUUUAACAAAGACUGCAGCCAACAGUCAAACACACAACAAAUGACCUCCUAUUGGUACCCUGCUGCCACAUCAUGGGGAAAUUAAGUCAGCUCUGACUGCUUUUCUUAAAAAGUAAAAAAAAAAAAAAAAAAGUGCCACCGAAAUCGUAAAUACGACAUAUGGUGUAGCUAAGCUACAAAUAGCCUCACAAAAAUUUAAAUUGUACGAAAACACCCAAAAUAUUCAAAAAGCAGAGGUCACAAAGAGAAACACAUAACUGACUCUGCCACAUAUCAAACAGAAGAAUAUUUUAGGGCGGCUUCAAGUGUCAUUUCCUUAAAUUAAAAAAUGGAAUGACAUCUCAAAUGUUUUUUUAAACUUGUUAGUGAUCCAAUCUGCCAAAUGCCUGCAAGUGUGUGAGGACAAACACUGGAAAAGUUUCACUGUAAAGCCGUCAUUUAAUGUGUGGCCAAACCGAGGUGCUUUGCCAAAUAUCUGAAACCUAGCUUUUAGUUGAGCAUUUUAAAGUUAAACGUGCGUUAUUACAACUUUUUCCCCCUGAUGUGAAUGCAGCACGGCCGCUGGUCAAACUUAAAGCAACUUCCAUCAUCCACAUUUGAUUCCCGCUGCCUCAGUCUGACUGCAUAUCAUCUGAAAACAAACAGCAGUUUAAAAAAAAAAAAAGACACAAAGAGAAACUAAUCACUGUGUGUAUCAUCAUCAUCAUCAUCAUCAUCUCACCAAUUUGACUCAAGACUCUGCACUCGUCUCUCACCUCCUGGUUUUCUGACCAGGAAGAAAAAGGCAAAAACAUUUUGACUUUUUGAUUUCAAGAACAUUACUGUUGUCGAUCUUUGUGUUUCUGAGGAAUCUCAUCGGACAGCUCGAGGACUGGCAUUUUAGGCACUCUUCACUCAACACACUUCAGAUUCAUCUGGAACGUCUCGCACUGCGCUUCAACCUCUUUCACUUGUUGCAAAGCGGUCAUUUUAAUAAUAAUAAUUUAACAUCCUUACAUCCUGGAUGCCUCACCUUCUGACUGAUUUUAAAUAUUCAUCCACAAGAUUUCAAAACCACUUUGUUUUAAAAAGAUGAUGUACACGUGCAAUUAGUUACACCGUACAAGAUUUAUUCCAACAAAAGUAUUAAUUCUUUUCAUUAUUUUCUAUUCUUAGGCGUUUUCUUCUACUUUUUGUUUGCAUUUCAGAAUACAGUGAUGUGGGAGCAUCUUGCAAAAAGCAAAAGAGAAAUGCUGCUUUAAGUCUUGUGCUCUUAAUUUCGACAGCUCCUAAGGCCUCAUUAAACAGAAGAUGCUCACAGGAAACAGUUCUUCUCAGCUUAAUCAGCGAUGCAAAGGACUGUUGCAGAACUCUGAGAAAAACUGUGACUUGGCUCCUUGUUUUUCAUCCGUCUCCUGUUCAGUUUGCCACAUUGUAGUUCCUGAGGAAAUAUGGGUGAUAAAUAGGUCUGUGUUGUUUUUCAUCUGAGAAUCCAAAAGCAUGUUGGCAGCGGGCAUUAGUAGUCUUGUGACUAAUCUGGAGGUUUUAAUUGAAAUUUGAUUGAAGCUGAGCAGAUCAUUUGUAUGUUAGCAUGAUGUCCUCAAUACUGAGAGAGCUGAGGUUGUUUUUAACGAGUGAACGGUCUUUAGGUGUGCCUCUGACCUCCGGUCUGCAGUUUGAUUUCCUGCUGGCAGGUCAAAGUAGGGCAGGUGAGGGGAACAAAGUCUGAUUGGAGCUCUUCUUUUAUUGUUUCCAGUAAGAGUUGAGGCGUCACAGCGUGCUUUAAAAUGUGGGACAAAAGUUUCCGACAGUCACUGAAUUUUGGUUUUAAGCUGCGAGUUCGUCAGUCAGCUUUUUGUCGUUUUUCUUCAAUCUGCACUUGCAUGUUUUAGGCGCACAGGACAAAGCUGAUGUACAAUUCUCCGCCUGGUUCAGAGUGGGCUGCAGUCUGUCUGUCGGUGGGCAUUCAAAGCUAUGAAUGAGGUGAACUCUUUGUGUUGUGUGAAGAUUAUUAGGAGUGUGAGAAGUUGGGACAGUUGAAGUUAAAAAGUUUGAUGUAAAAAGAUGUUAUUUGCACAGCAUUCACAGAAUGCAGCCCUUUUGUGUUUUAUAAUUUUUUUUCCAUUUGUAUUUCUAGAAAUGAAGCACUACUUCUAUACAGAAAUUAUACUGUACAUUUAAAAAAAAAAAAAAGAAAUACCCGAAGGAAUGAAUGUCAAAAGAAAUGUUUAAAUUAUUUCAAACAUUAAGUUUGGCCCCCUUUGGUUUAUUAUUAUUUGUGAUGCCCUGAGAAUGUGUUUUUUAUUAUUAAUAUUAUGAAUACUGCUUGUAGUAUCAUAACCAUUGUUUUGUGUGGUAACGACAAUAAUAAUCCUUUUGUAUGUACUCACUAACUGUAAAACCAGCUGUAGACGUUAGUCUGGCACUGUGUGGCGAGACGCACAUGAACCUGCUCUGUUUUCUGAAUUACUUUGUUGCUCUUUGUAAUAUAAGCUAAUAUAGAAGCUGUACUGUAGUGAGCUUGCAUGGCAAACAAGAACAUAAUCAUAUGAAAAAAAAAUCGCAUUGUUUCCAUUAUUUGUGCCAUGAAGAAGCAGCAAUAAUAUGUUUGUGUGGAGGUCUCUUUAACACAAAAAAGCAUUGUGGGUUUGAUCCCGUGUGAACAUUUGAGGUACGAUGUUUUCGGGGUUGGACAGUGUGUUUUUACCUCUGCGUCACGUCGGCACUGCUGAAAUCCAACGUAUCAAUAAGUCUGUGAAACUAGCAGGGAUUGAAAAGCCAAUGACAGAUGUAUCAUCUGAAAACAUUCCAGUUUUUAUCGUCAUCAAAAAAGUGAAGAAAAACGAUCCACCGUCAAUAUCUGAAGGGCUUUUAUUUCUGUCGACUUGUUUUUCAUUGUGCCUGUAGCAGAGUGGUAAAAUUCACAAAUGUAAAUGUAUUCUGUCGGUGUACAGUAUGCUUCAUCUCACACUUACCCAUCUGACGUGCAUGGUUGUUUCACACACCAGGAAUUCAGAGCAAAACUCCUCUUCAAAGACGUCUCAUAGGUCGUCCUGGAGAUACUUUAGAGAUUAAAUAAUCAGUUAGUAAAAAUGUGUCUUUCUAAAGUGAUUUAAAUAAAAGUUGUCCAGAAGUUAGUUUAAAAGACAGAAAUUAUAUGUUUUUCCUUUAACUACAAACAGUCUGAAGUCAAAAAGAAAACCUCAGGACAUCCUUGAGAUGGGAUUUUGCUAUAAAUUCCUUCAGUCGAGAUUUCAGGAGGGAUGUGGCAUAAGAUGCUCCCUCCAAUUUCCUCCAGUCGACCUACACGUGACGCGUUUUAACACAUUAAUAUAUCGUAUGUAUCUGUAACUGUUUUCUUACUUUGUGAAUGCUUUUUCAGUUGUUCCUUCAUUGACAAAAAUGAGAAAAUACAAUCAGUAACAAACAUUUACACAUGAAAAUAAAAUUUACAAGCUUGCCACAACA